CGAACGAACCGACGGGCGGACGUCUUUUUCCCCUCACGCCUUGGACGUCAUUCAGCACCGAAAGUGGACGCCGACAGACGCGCGCCUCAACAUUCUCGUCCGUCAUGGAGUCCUAUGACAUUUUAGCUAAUCAGCCCGUAGUGAUCGAUAACGGUUCAGGGGUCAUCAAGGCUGGUUUCGCUGGAGACCAGAUCCCCAAAUAUUGUUUUCCCAACUAUGUUGGGCGUCCUAAACAUGUGCGUGUCAUGGCGGGUGCCUUGGAGGGAGAUCUUUUUAUCGGGCCCAAAGCAGAGGAGCACCGCGGUCUGCUGUCAGUUCGCUACCCGAUGGAGCACGGCAUCGUGAAGGACUGGAAUGACAUGGAGAGGAUCUGGCAGUACGUUUACUCCAAGGAGCAGCUGCAGACCUUCUCUGAGGAGCAUCCUGUUCUUCUAACCGAAGCGCCUCUCAACCCCAGCAAGAACCGUGAGAAGGCCGCCGAGGUUUUCUUUGAGACCUUUAACGUUCCCGCGCUCUUCAUCUCCAUGCAGGCGGUGCUUAGUUUGUACGCCACUGGACGCACCACGGGUGUGGUGCUGGAUUCGGGCGACGGCGUGACGCACGUGGUGCCUAUCUACGAGGGCUUUGCCAUCCCGCACUCCAUCAUGCGCGUGGACAUCGCCGGCAGGGAUGUGUCGCGUUACCUGCGCCUGCUCCUGCGCAAGGAAGGCUACAAUUUCAACACCUCGGCCGAGUUCGAGGUGGUGCGCACCAUCAAGGAGAGGGCGUGCUACUUGUCGCUGAACCCUCAGAAGGACGAGACUCUGGAGACUGAGAAGGCUCAGUACGUCCUCCCCGACGGGAGCGCCUUAAAUAUUGGGCCCGCCCGCUUCCGUGCCCCCGAGCUGCUGUUCCGGCCCGACCUGGUGGGCGACGAGAGCUCGGGCAUCCACGAGGUUCUGGCCUACGCCAUCCAGAAGUCAGAUUUGGAUCUGAGGCGCACGCUCUUCUCCACUAUCGUGUUGUGCGGGGGGUCCACACUUAUCAAAGGCUUUGGAGAGCGAUUACUGACUGAAGUGAAGAAGCUUGCGCCCAAAGAUGUCAAAAUCAAGAUUUCGGCCCCCCAGGAGAGACUGUACUCCACGUGGAUCGGAGGCUCCAUCUUGGCGUCGUUGGACACCUUCAAGAAGAUGUGGGUGUCCAAGCGGGAGUAUGAGGAAGACAGAGCACGUGCCAUCCACAGGAAGACCUUCUAGGACAGCGUCGCCCUAAAAAAACCCAGAACUGCCCCCAGCCCCCACCUUCCCUCCAGCCCCGCACCCUCCGCGCGCUAAGGACUGCUCCCGCCACAUGAAGGCGCACAUGACAUCAUGUGUCAAUAAAAAUCCUUUUUUUUUUAUUCGCUACGGUUUCAUUCCAAAGUUUUCUAUGUCACAAAAUGGCUGCCACGACCAGUGCCACUUUUGGCCCACUCGUUCAACCGAAAGAUAACUACCAAGGAUAGCAAUGAAACGGCUGCACAAAUGGCCUUAAAGUUGACAUCCUUGAUACCCAGUUCAAAGUCCAUGGACUAGCACUCCCAUUGGACUCACUAGUAAGACUCAUGAAAUUCUCCGCUCCUACAAAAAAGAAAAUUAGCGCACUAGUAGAAUGACUCGCUUGCUAUUCAUUUCUUUUUUCUUGUAUGGAAAGCAUUUGGAGUAUUUAUUCAACCAGUACGCACUUUAUCCGCAGCAGUAGAAAAACGUACUGGUUAUUUCUUUCUGAUACUAGUCUUUGUUUUUCAACCUACGAGUACAACCUUGAUGUUGAAUGAGUGCUGCUUAAAGAUUGACUGUAUUAUUGGAUGGUCAAGGGGGCCAGAAAUGGUACAGAUGGGAGCGGGGAAGCAGACACAUCAGAUGUCCACUGUUAAUUACAAAAAAAAAAUUCUGAGACAGUUGAAGAUUAUCGACAGGUCCCUGGCCAAUCAAAACAAAUAAUGCAGCAGUCGUCACCUGUUAGCAAUUAGCAUUAACUGUCAAGAUGGUGGCCAGCGAGGCUUCUGGACCUUUUUGAAAUAUCGAUGACAAAAGAUUAACACAAAGAAAAAAAAUACUGUUUGUGUUUGCUAACAUUUUUGUUGCUCUGGUCGAUAUCAGCGUUGUUAUUAUCAUAAGAACCCUGAUAAUUAUAUGAAAUAAAUAAGUCUGCUGCUCAAA